ACGGAGUCACCAAGCUGCUUUAAUGCUACGCGACGGGGGCCGGGCCGGGCAGACGCGCAAGCCUCGCGUCUUUCCUGGCGCUGCGUCCCCGCCGCAAAGGGUGGCCAGGGGGCUGGCCCCGUCCACACGCGCGCUGGCCGCCCGCACACGCGGGUACAGCCCGCGCAGCACACUCACCCGCCGCCGCCAUCCCGCCGCUUCCGCCCCCGGCCGGGCCGAGUCCGGAGCCUACGGGCCAAUAGGCGGCAGGCCCGUCCCUCCGCCGUCACUGAUUGGCCAGUUCCCGCGCCCCUCAGCUGAUCGGCUCGCCGGAUGUGGACGCAGGUUCCGGCGCGGGCGUCGUUCCCCAGCCGCUCUCGCUUCCGUGUCCGCCCCGGUCCGACACGCUCCCGCGGCGCCCAAUGGGAGUGCGAGUUCUGGAGCCGACGGCUUUAGAGGCAGCCAAUGGAGACACGGCGUGAGGACUGACGCGCCUGACAGCCUCUCGGCAGCGGGGUGCCGCCGCGGGGCCCGCCCACCCGCCGAAGCCCCGGACCAGGCGCGGCGGCGGGACCAAUGCGGCGCGGGGGGCGGGGAUUGUUUACGUCUCGGCCGGAGCGGAAAGUGGGUCACGGCGGGGCCGGCGGAGCGCGGGCGGCGGCUGCAGAUCCUGCCCGCCAUGGCCAGGCGGCCCCGGAGCAGCAGGGCCUGGAGGUUCGUCCUGAGCGCGGCCCGCCGGGACGCAGAUGCCCGCUCGGCGGCGGGGGCGGCCAGCUGGGGCUGUGACUCCGACGGGCAGCACAGCGACCCAGACUCAGAGCCAGAGUGCACCGCCCUGCCACCCGCCAUCCCCAGUGCAGUUCCUGUCACCGGCGAGUCCUUCUGUGGCUGCGAAGGCCAGAGCGAGGCCACCUUCUGCAGCGGCCUGCACGGUGCCCAUCGGGGCAAGGACUGCCGCUGUGGGGAGGAGGACGAGCAUUUUGACUGGGUGUGGGAUGCUGGGAACAAGUCUUCAGCCACGCGACUGAGCUGUGACGACCGCAAGGUGAGUUUCCACGUGGAGUACAGCUGCGGGACUGCCGCCGUGCGGGGCACCAAGGAGCUGGGUGACGGCCAGCACUUCUGGGAGAUCAAGAUGACUUCUCCAGUGUACGGCACAGACAUGGUGAGUGGCGGGCAGAGCACAGGGAGGGGAGGGGGGCUACUGGCCCCCUCUGCCCGGCCCCCUCGUUCCCAGAUGGUGGGCAUCGGGACGUCGGCCGUGGACCUGGACCAGUACCAGCACACUUUCUGCAGCCUGCUGGGCAGGGACGCGGACAGCUGGGGCCUCUCCUACACAGGCCUCCUCCACCACAAGGGCGACAAAACCAGCUUCUCCUCGAGGUUCGGCCAGGGCUCCAUCAUCGGGGUGCACCUGGACACGUGGCAUGGGACCCUGACCUUCUUUAAGAACAGGAAGUGUAUAGGAGUGGCAGCCACGAAGCUGCAGAACCGCAAGUUCUACCCCAUGGUCUGCUCCACGGCGGCCAAGAGCAGCAUGAAGGUGAUCCGCGCCUGCGCCAGCGCCACAUCCCUGCAGUACCUGUGCUGCUACCGCCUGCGCCAGCUGCGGCCCAGCUCCAGGGACACGCUGGAGGGCCUGCCCCUGCCGCCUGGCCUCAAGCAGCUGCUGCACCACAAGCUGGGCUGGGUGCUCAGCAUGAGCUGCAGCCGCCACCUGUCCCCAGCGUCGGCCCCCUCCAAGGCUCCCUCCAGCAGCCCUGAGCCCAGGCGCUGCCAGCGGAAGCGCUGCCGACGGACCGAGCAGUGAAGGUGGAGGGCGGGCGCGAAUGGCACCCUUCCUUCUGGCCGCGGGAGGACGGUCAGUCCAGGCUGCCUCUGCCUGCUGAGGCUGGGGCAGGCCUGGCUGGUGCCACAGGCCCAGGACCCCGAGCCCAGCUGCUGUGUGCCGGUGAGACACUGGGCACCAGGACACCAAGGGUACCUGCCCCGGACAGGCCAGCACCCCUGCCGCCACCGCCACUGCGAGUCUUUUAACUCCUUUGCAUGUUGUUGGCUGUUUUCCUCCCACCACGCUGAAGUGAAGGGAAUAAACGCCAUGUUUGCUGCGUCAAAGCCUGCGCUGUGGUCCAGCCAGAGGGGAGCAGGCCGGGUCCGCUGCCCCUUCUCCCCAUCUGUGCUGGCAUAGCUGAGUCACUGCUGAACUUGAAAGAACCCACCCCAGC